GCUGCGCAAUGCUGGGCUCGUACCGGAACGUGUCCUCAGCUGGGCGUGCUUGGCGACUGCCGCAGUCGCGGGAAAGACUGCGUAUCGGACAUUAUUAUUAUAUUAUAUCUACAAAUGAUUGGGCAAAGGAGAGAGCAGCGGUAAUUAGCCGUAAGAAAAAUACAUGAAUAGACCCUGUUUGUAUGAUGGAAAGCGGAGCAGUAUUGCGUUUAUGAUAUUUCCACUCCCCCACCCACCAGAAUCACACUGCAAGGCAGAUGUCCUGUUGCGGCGACAUGUCACUCGGAAUAAAGCACCAUGGGCACCUCCCCAAAGUCCCUCCUUUCCUGUCCAGCAAAUAAAGGCAUCACCUCGGCAAAAGACAUCGUGCACGCAGCAUUUUUUUAAUAAACACCUCACAUGCACACAAAUCUCGACAACAAAGGACGUGGAAAAAGUGUUUUGCCCACCAAGAGGCGAAUUAAUCGCUCACCAGGAAGACAUGCAAAAAAACGGGAGCUGCAGGACGCGUGUGGAUUGGGGGGAGGGUGCCUCACAGCUCACAGUACAUGGACAGAACAGCGACAUCUCUUGGAAACAUGCUGCGUACCUGUAGGGUCUCCUAUGAAUAUGUUGGAUCCGCGCUCCCCAAAAACAGAAUGAAUGGAGCGCAGUUAAAGGGCCUCCUUGUCGUCAACAAGUGUGGAUUGGCCCCCGUUACUUUGGGAUAUGCCUUCCUGGCAGCAAAACAAUUAAAGGCGUCAAGCGGCGCUACAGC